AUGCUCGCAAACGAUAAGAAGUGUACACCACAGGACGUUUUAAAGUUCAAUAAACCAACGGAAGGAUUUUUAUGUCCCCUUAACGCUAACACCGUUGGAAUUCAAUUUCUCGAGUUUAAAAUCCGAAACUGUGAUUCUGGAGAAGUGUUGUUCCAUACCUCGGCUGAGGAAACAGCAAAGGAAUUGAUGAAGCAAGGAUCAAAUUUAGAUGAGGAUUCACUCCGUUCAAUUAAUUACAAAUUUGAUAGAUCGAUGCUGAGAUCAAAAGGAAUCGGUACAACUUUGGUGUUCAAAGUUGGACCAAAACCAGUGAAAAAUUUCAGAAUGAUUGAAAGACACUACUUCAAGGACAGACUUCUCAAGGGAUUUGAUUUUAACUUCAAAUUUUGUAUUCCCAACAGCCAAAACACAUGGGAAUGUAUCUACUCUAUGCCUGAAUUGACAGAAGAAGAGAUUAAGGAAAUUGAAAACAGUCCUUAUCAAGUCAAGUCAGACUCUUUCUAUUUUGUGAACGAUGACGAAAUGAUCAUGCACAACAAGGCUGCAUAUGCCUAUGUUGACACAAAGAAAAACUAG